AUGCAAAAUGGCAGCAACUCCAUCAUUCAGCCUGCAGGAUUUUACAUUGAUGCAUUGAGUUCAAUGCCUUACAGUAAUAUCUAUGUCAUGUUCCUCACUGUGCUUUAUGUGAUCACAAUUAUAUUCAAUGUCUUUCUGAUCUCCAUCAUUUUCUAUGACCACUGUCUGCAUGUCCCAAAGUUCAUGGCCGUUGGUAAUCUGGCUUUGGUUGAUCUUUUUCUCGGCACCUCUCUUAUGCCUAGCAUGAUCAAGACUUGCAUUGUUCUAGACAAUUUUGUGCCAUUCAAACUGUGCCUUGUGCAAAUGUACACUUAUUAUACUUUUUUAUUCCUUGAACCAUUUUCCUUAUGUAUUCUCGCUUAUGGCAGGUUCAUUGCGAUCUGUUUCCCUUUAAGACAAGAGUCUAUAAACACAAACACCAGAAUGACUUCUAUAAUCCGUGCUGUUUGGUUCUUGAUAAUUGUUAUAGCUCUCUAUGCUGUUACAUCCAUCCCAACCCUGUCCUUUUGUGGCUCUCUUGAGGUCCACAGCUAUUUUUGCGAUUACGCUCCUGUUUUAGUACUCGCUUGUAGUGAUAUGCGUCACGUGUAUGUUCCCAUUUAG